AUGGCUCCUCCAAACGAGCACGUGUACAACUCUUCGUACCAGGCGGAAGAGAAUCUCGAGAAGCCUACAUUCCGCGAUGGCGACAAGGCGCUCGAUUUCCUGCGGACAGAGGCAGAAGUCGGCGAGGGCGAGGAUAUCGAUGAGAAGAGACUUGUUCGCAAGAUCGAUUGGAUGGUUGUGCCGUUGAUGUUUUGCUGUUACUUGCUGCAGUAUCUGGAUAAGAGUUUGUUGAACUAUGCUGCCGUCAUGGGCAUCCGCGAAGACAACAACCUCACCACCGAGCAAUACGGCACUCUGUCCCUCCUCUUCUACGUGGCUUUCUUGGCCUUUGAGUUCCCGCACGCAUACAUGAUGCAGCGAUUCCCAACCGCCAAAUACCUGGGAUCUUGCGUCGUGGCUUGGGGUACCGUCGUUGCUUGCACGUCCGCCUGCAACAGUUACGGCUCCUUGGUAGCAACCCGCUUCCUGCUCGGCAUGUUCGAGUCCGCCAUCAGCCCCUCGCUGAUCCUGAUUACAUCAAUGUGGUAUCGACGAGACGAGCAGCCAAAGCGAGUCGGAUUCUGGUACAUUGGCGUCGGUUGCGCUUCGAUGAUAGGAGCUCUCCUAUCGUACGGAUUCCAGUUCUACCACGGCGAUCGCUUCAAGUCAUGGCAGAUCCUCUUCCUGGUGGUCGGCCUGAUCACCGUGACCGUCGGAAUCAUCGUCAUCAUCCUGAUGCCAGAUAACCCGAUGUCCGCGAAGAAGCUCUCGCAUGCGGAGCGCGUGGCAGCUGUUGAGCGGUUGCGGGAAAACCAGACGGGUGUUGAAAAUAAGCAUCUCAAACCCUACCAAAUCCUCCAGGCCUUCAAAGACCCGCAAACCUGGCUCAUCGCCUUCAUCACCACCGCCGCCAGCGUCCCCAACGGCGCCGUCGGCUCCUUCCAAUCAAUCAUCAUCUCCGGGCUCGGCUAUAGCGAUAAGCAGACCGCUUUGAUGCAGAUUCCUGGUGGUGUUAUAGCUGUGGUCUCCGUUCUGUUGGCAACCUGGAGCGCGGCGAAGUUUAAUGCUAGAGCGGCGAAUAUCAUGAUUUGGUCGGCGAUUGGAGGGCUGUUGGGCGGGAGUUUGUUGGCUUUCUUGCCUUCGACGAGCACGGCGGCUUUGGCUGGGAAUUAUUUAACGCAUGUCGUCGGAGCGUUUCUGCCGUGUUCCUACUCGUUCGCUGCGGCGAAUACGGCCGGACACACCAAGAAAGUGACCAUGAACGCAGUGGUGCUCAUGUCCUUCUGCCUCGGAAACAUCCUCGGCCCCCUAACCUUCCGCGACGAAGACGCCCCUUCAUACACUCCCGCGAAAAUCACAAUCGUGGCCGUCGACAGCGUCGCCAUCCUCGCAACAGUCGUGCUGCUGCUAUACUACAUGUGGCAGAACAAGCGGCGCGACAACGCCAACGUCGAGCACAAGCGGGACGUUGAAUUUGCCGAUCUGACGGAUGUCGAGAAUAAGGAGUUUAGGUAUAAGUACUAG